CUGCAUAUAGACGCUUUCGCUAUUGCUAAAUGACGAGGAAGACAACAGGUUCAUUCUUGAUUCCACAUCAGUAAGAACGAGUUAACUUUCUUUUCACGGAAGAAAAAUGUUAUGGUUUAGUUCUUUUGGUUUGAUUUUCUUCCAGGUAUUCUUCUUCUUAGGUUCACUGUGUGAGGGUGAAAUCUCUUGCUUAAAUGAAGAUGGGCAGCCUGUUGACUGGUUCAUCAUAUACAAAUUACCGAAAUAUAAACAGGGAAGUGUGGGAAGUGGAGUUGACUACAUGUAUUUGGAUUCCUCAUUACCUAACUGGCACAUGAGUAAAUAUGUGGUGAAUACCACUGACGGGGCAUUAGGCAGGACGCUGAACCAGCUGUACCAAAGAUAUGAGUCAAACAGUUCAGUAUACAUGCUGUACAAUGAUGCUCCGCCGGUGCUGAAGUAUCAGACUAAGUAUGGACACUCAAAAGGGGCACUGCUUGUUGACCAGUUUCAAGGAUUCUGGUUAACACACAGCAUUCCUCACUUUCCACCUUUCCCCGAAAUGGGUUUUGGCUACCCCUCCACUGGAAAACUGUACGGUCAGAGUAUUCAGUGUACAACCUACAGUUACAAACACUUCCACAAAAUAUCACAGCAACUAGCCUAUGUUAACCCAUACACAUACAACUGCUCAAUACCAUCAGCCUAUUACACGGAAAUGCCAGAAAUGGCACAUAUCUGUGCUGGCAAAACUGUGACAGUGGUUCCCAGGAGAAGGCUUGAAAAGCUGAUGUCAGUCAAGGGAGAGAUUUUCCUGAGUUUUGCCAAAUCACACAUUUAUGUUGAUGACAUUUAUACUGGCUGGAUAGCGCAGACGCUGAAGGCAGACUUUCUAGUGGAAUCAUGGCAGCGGGACACCUUCCAGCUCCCCUCCAACUGCUCGCUUCCUUACCAUGUGAUGAACGUCAAGACGGUCCGUCUAUUUGAGCUGGUGACUUUCAGGUCCUACGAUGACCACUCCAAGUGGUGUGUCUCUUGGGACAAUCAGAACCAGUGGACUUGUCUAGGGGACCUGAACAGAGAGAGCAGGCAGGCAUGGAGAGGAGGUGGCCUCAUCUGUACACAAAAUUCAGUCAUUUACAAAGCUUUCCGUUCAGCUGUGGCCUGGUAUAAAAAUUGUCAGUAGUGAGAACUCUGCUGUUAUUUACAUGAACAUGUGCUACCAUCAUUAGCAGGUUUUUUUUGUUAGAAAACAUCCGCUUUAUUCCUAAUUAUUCCAGCACACAUUGGGUGAAAGGCAGGGGUACACCCUGGACAGGUCACCAGUCCAUCACAGGGCCACACAUAUAGACAGACAACCACGCACACUCACACUCACUCCUAUGGGCAAUUUAGAAUUACCAAUCAACCUAAUGUACAUGUUUUUGGACUGUGGGAGGAAACCGGAGUACCCGGAGUAAACCCACACAGGCACGGGGAGAACAUGCAAACUCCACACAGAAAGACUCCUGUCUGUUCGAACUCAGGACCUUCUUGCUGUGAGGCAACAGUACUGACCACUAAGCCACCAUGCUGCCCUUAUAAAAAUAUAUUCAUUAGAAAUCAUUUGAAUGGAAGGCAUUCUGCAACUGGAGCAACCCAUAUGCAGUACACAGUCCCAAUUAUUAAUGACCAACUGAUCAGCAGAGAACUUACAGUGCCAUGAUCAUGGACAGAGCUGUUUAAAGUGAUUAUAAUGGUGUAAUUCCAGCUUGGCCUGUCCAGCUACCAGAUUCCAAAGCAAACCAAGCUGGUCAAACUGGUAGAGCAACUUUUCCAGCUGGAAAGUUACUGCACAGCUUCCUAAUAACUAGUCUAGAUUGAUACAUUAAUAAGUCUGAUUGGGUAUUUUUUUCAGAAAGAGAUAUUGAAAUAUUAUGACCACAACAAGCCUCAUCUUAUUUAAAUAAAUAAAUAAUUUUUUUUUUUUUGAGAUUCUGGUCCAAGUUGACAUGGUUGCAUCAUACAAGUCCUGCAGAUAUUUCUGUUGCACUUUCAUGCUGUGAAUCUCUAAUUCUACUACAUCCCAAAGGUGUUCUAUUGGAUUCAUUGUCAUGUCACUGAACCAGUUUGAGAUGACUUUUGCUUGGAGACAUGGCGUGCUAUCAUGGAAAUAGUCAUUAGAAGAUGUAAAAGUAAAUUGUUGCCAUGAAGGAAUGCAGACACGCCCAAAAAACAUUCCCACAACAUUACACCACCUCCAUCAGCCUGGACUAUUGACACAAGACAGGUUGGGUCUAUUAGACCAGAGGUUUUCAAACCCUGGCUCGCGACACUCAGGUGGGUCGUGAGACUUAAAAAAUGGGUCACCAGUAUGAUUUAAGGAAAAUGUUUUACAUUAAUUGAUGCAAUUUUAAUAAUAAUAAAACAACAGCUACAAUAAUAAUAAUAAUUUUAAGUAGAAGCACACUUAAAAUAAAAACAUUAAAAUAAAUGCAAAAUAAAUACUAGACAAAUGUUACCUGACCCUUGUACAAGCAAGCUCACAAUGUCACUGAUGCAGCCAUUUUCUUUUCCCCACUGCGCUGAUGUAGAGUUAUAUUAGUAGAGCUAUAUUAAUGGCCUGUCUUUAAUUUAUUUUUUGCUGAAUAUGAGCAGGCCUAAGUCAAAAAGUACCAUUUAUGAUUUUUUCAUAAGGAAAAGAGGCCCUGAGACCGAGACCCCUUCAAAUGAACCCUUUCUUAUCUUGCUGACAAAUUUUCUGUUCUAAAUGAACUGAAUCUAAAACUACAAGGAAGGGAGGACUCACAACCUUAAGCUACUAUAUGUUCCCGACAAUGAUGAAACACAUUGAAGAAAAUGAUGUGUCCAAAGAAAAACAGUUGCUGACUUAAUGCGCCUCACAAAACAGCAAAAUGAUCUUGGUUCUGGAUUAGACUCUCCACCGAGUAUCCGAUGCAAAGCAAGCAUUUGCAUUGCCUUUUACAACUACCUGUAUGUGUGAAACUGGAUUGUCAGUUUUAACCAAAAUGAAGACGAAAGAACAGAACAGAACGGAAAGAACUGUCUAUCUGUCUAUCUAUCUAUCUAUCUAUCUAUCUAUCUAUCUAUCUAUCUAUCUAUCUAUCUAUCUAUCUAUCUAUCUAUCUAUCUAUCUAUCUAUCUAUCUAUCUAUCUAUCUCCCUGUCUAUCUAUCUAUCUAUCUAUCUAUCUAUCUAUCUAUCUAUCUAUCUAUCUAUCUAUCUAUCUAUCUAUGUGACUUAAUUGUAUGUACAUUUGUAAAAUGUGGCUGUAUAUACACUACUCACAAAAAGUUAAGGAUAUUCAGCUUUUAGGUGAAAUUUCAGGAUGCACCUAAAAUGCACUAUAACCUUUCCAGGUGAACUUAAUUUGACCUUCUCUACACUUUUGAAUGCACAUGUCCAACUGUUCAGUGUUUCAGUACUUUUUGCAGAACUUGCUGUUCUCUAACAAGGUGCUUAACGGCAAAAUUCACAACUGGUGUUUGAUCCAUGAAUUGACCAAUAAAUUUUCUGGUUCCAUUAGAAUUGGUAUUUAAACAGUCCUCUUCAUCAUGCUGUUCACAUUUUGACAUCAUGAGACCAAGACCACACCUAACAAUUGAUCAACAGUACCUCGCCAUUGUGAGGCUUCAAACAGGAUGUUCUCAGAGGGAAGUGGCCACUGAGCUUAGAGUGUCACAGAGUGUCAUCAGCAGGUUGCGACAGAGAUACAGAGAGACUGGAAGAGUCACAGAAAGGGAUAGAAGUGGACGUCCUUUGGCCACAUCCCACGUUGAUGACCGCUUCAUUGUGAACAGUGCCCUGCGGAACCGGAGGAUGAACGCCACUCAACUCCAGACACAUUUAAGGGAGGUGAGAGUAACCCAAGUGUCACGUCAGACCAUUCAAAACUGUUUACAUCAGCGUGGUCUGCGUGCUAGACGACCUGCAAGGGUACCUGACCACACCCCCAGGCACAGGCGUCGGGCCAGGGAGCAUUUACGCUGGAUGAGGGACCGGUGGCCUCAGUGCUGUUCUCUGAUGAAAGUCAAUUUACACUGAGCAGAAAUGAUGGCUGCCAACGAUGUUGGAGACGUCAAGGAGAGCGCUAUGCAUCUGCCACUGUUGUCACCAGACGAGCCUUUGGUGGUGGUGGUGUUUCAGUCUGGGCAGGUGUGUCCACUCAAUACAGAACUGCCCUACAUCUUGUGAAUGGUACAGUGACAAGCCAAUACUACCUGAAUAACAUCAUUAAUCUAGUCAUUGUGCCCCUGCAUGAACAACACAGGCCAACACAUUUCAUCUUCAUGGACGACAAUGCUCCAGCUCAUCAAGGUCGCAUCAUUAGGGAACGGCUACUGGAGGCUGGGGUACCUCAAAUGGAGUGGCCUGCACUUUCUCCAGACCUGAAUCCCACAGAAAACCUCUGGGAUCAGCCGAGUCGCCGUGUAGAGGCUCGUAACCCUGCACCCCAGAACCUCAAUGACCUGAGGGCCGCCCUUCAAGAAGAGUGGAAUGCCAUGCCUCAGCAGACAAUAAGUCGACUCGUGAACAGCAUGAGACGUCGUGGUCAAGCUGUAAUUGAUGGUCAAGGGCACGUGACAAAUUAUUGAGACACUGAGAUUUUUUGUUGUGGUAUACCCACCACUGUUGUUGGCUUUUGUUUCAAUAAAUUGUUUGAGAUGAAGAAAUCACCAUUGCAUGCUUCUACUUAAAUGCCCUACUUUCAUGAUAUAAUAUCACUGUAGUGUGAACUUUUUCCAUUUUCCAUAAAUUUCACCCAAAAGCCAAAUAUCCUUAAGCUCCUGGCCCACAUGAUUAUCUGA